AUGAGGUUUGGUCAGAGUUUUGGAUCGAGGAGCUUCUUCACCAUCUAUGUGCUCCAUGACGGGAUCUUCCACCUCCUCUACGACCUCCGCGUCCUCCGAAUGGAAAUCCUCCAGGUCCUCCAGGCAUUGGUCCUCCAAGGUCCUCCCGUCAUUGGUCCUCCAGGUCCUCCAGGCAUUGGUCCUCCAGGUCCUCCAGGCAUUGGUCCUCCAGGUCCUCCCGUCAUUGGUCCUCCAGGUCCUCCCGUCAUUGGUCCUCCAGGUCCUCCAGGCAUUGGUCCUCCAGGUCCUCCAGGCAUUGGUCCUCCUGGCAUUGGUCCUCCAUUUCCCCCGAAUGGGAAUCCUGCAGAUCCUCCGGUCAUUGGUCCGCCCAGUCCUCCUGGCAUCGGUCCUCUAGUUCCCCCAAAUGGAAAUCCUCCAGGUCCUGCAGGCAUUGGUCCUCCGACUCCGCCAAAUCCUCCAGAUCCCCCGGGCAUUGGUCCACCUGGUCCUCCAGGUAUUUGUCCUCCAGGUCCUCCAGUUAUGAUUCCUCCAGGUCCUCCAUAUGAGUUUCCUCCUGGUCCUCCAGGCACAGCUCCACCGAAUCCUCCGAGGCCAUUCGAAAAGGCUCCCAGCGAAUUCAGUGUUGUCUAUCGUGCUACUAUGGGAGAAUUCGAUGGGGUGGUAUUGUCCGAGGAAUGA